CCUCCCCCAGAAUUGUGGCCACGCGCAGCGGCGGCGGUUGUUCCGCUUCCCCUCCGGCUCCGGCCGUCGCCAUUGCCGAAGGCUUCUUGCCCUCCCUUCCCGGGCGCCCGCGGGGCUUGGGCUGCCGCUCGGCCUAGUGGUAGCAGUGGCUGGGCUCCUGCGUGGCCCUUCUUCCCACCCCGCUAACCCCCAUCCCUACGCUCCCAACGCCGCGCGUUUUCCCGGGGCGGCUCCGGAGCCCCGCGGGAGCUCGGACGGAGGCGCCUCUUUGGGGCGGGACCUUUCCUCGCCUUGGGCUAUUUCCUAAUUCUGAAUCAUGUCUGAUAACGGAGAACUGGAAGAUAAGCCUCCAGCACCCCCUGUGCGUAUGAGCAGUACCAUUUUUAGCACUGGAGGCAAAGACCCUUUGUCAACCAAUCACAGUUUAAAACCUUUGCCAUCUGUUCCAGAGGAAAAAAAGCCCAGACAUAAAAUCAUCUCUAUCUUCUCAGGCACAGAGAAAGGAAGUAAGAAGAAAGAAAAGGAAAGGCCAGAAAUUUCUCCUCCAUCUGAUUUUGAGCACACCAUCCAUGUUGGCUUUGAUGCUGUUACUGGAGAAUUCACUGGCAUGCCAGAACAGUGGGCUCGAUUACUACAGACCUCCAAUAUCACUAAACUAGAGCAAAAGAAGAAUCCUCAGGCUGUGCUGGACGUCUUAAAGUUCUACGACUCCAACACAGUGAAGCAGAAAUACCUGAGCUUUACUCCUCCUGAGAAAGAUGGUUUCCCCUCCGGAGCACCAGCACUGAAUACAAAGGUUUCAGACACAUCUGCAGCAGUAGCAGAGGAAGACGAUGAUGAUGAAGAGGCUGCUCCUCCUGUUAUUGCCCCACGGCCAGAUCAUACGAAAUCAAUUUAUACACGCUCUGUCAUUGACCCUAUUCCUGCACCAGUUGGUGAUUCCAGUGUUGACAGUGGUGCCAAGUCUUCAGACAAACAAAAAAAGAAGACCAAGAUGUCAGACGAAGAGAUUACAGAGAAAUUAAGAACUAUUGUCAGCAUAGGUGACCCCAAGAAAAAGUAUACAAGAUAUGAAAAAAUUGGGCAAGGGGCUUCUGGUACAGUUUUCACUGCUACUGAUGUGGCACUGGGACAGGAGGUUGCUAUCAAACAGAUAAAUUUACAGAAACAGCCCAAGAAGGAGUUGAUCAUUAAUGAGAUUCUGGUAAUGAAAGAAUUAAAGAAUCCCAACAUAGUUAACUUCUUAGACAGUUACCUGGUAGGAGAUGAAUUGUUUGUGGUAAUGGAGUACCUGGCUGGUGGGUCCCUUACUGAUGUCGUAACAGAAACCUGCAUGGAUGAAGCACAGAUUGCUGCUGUGUGCAGAGAGUGUUUACAGGCACUGGAGUUUUUACAUGCUAAUCAAGUGAUCCACAGAGACAUCAAAAGUGACAAUGUGCUUUUGGGGAUGGAAGGAUCGGUUAAACUUACUGACUUUGGUUUCUGUGCUCAGAUCACUCCUGAGCAAAGCAAGCGAAGUACCAUGGUUGGGACGCCUUACUGGAUGGCACCAGAGGUGGUUACACGGAAAGCUUAUGGCCCUAAAGUGGACAUUUGGUCUCUGGGUAUUAUGGCUAUUGAGAUGGUAGAAGGAGAACCUCCAUACCUCAAUGAAAAUCCCUUGCGGGCCUUGUACCUGAUAGCAACUAAUGGAACCCCAGAACUUCAGAAUCCAGAGAAACUUUCCCCAAUAUUUCGGGACUUCUUAAAUCGAUGUUUGGAGAUGGAUGUGGAAAAAAGGGGUUCAGCCAAAGAGUUGUUACAGCAUCCUUUCCUGAAACUGGCCAAGCCGUUAUCUAGUUUGACACCGUUGAUCAUGGCAGCUAAAGAUGCAAUGAAGAGUAACCGCUAACGUCAGUGCCGUGGCCUUGUAGUCUUUUUUUUCCAUUUUCUAUAAGAAGUCUUUUAAUAUAUGAAAAUUCUUACUCUUUUCGGGGGUUUGAAAGAAACUGUCUGCAUGAAACAUGGAAGAAUAAAGCAAACUACUCCCUGAAGACAACCAAGAGGAAAUUGCUAAACAGAAUUAUGACUCUGAAAUGAACCCCUUCUUUAGGGUCCAAAAGGAAGCAUGGAUUGAAUCACUAGCCUUUACACCUUUCGGCAAGCAGCCCAUCAGGCCCAUUUAUCAUGCUUGAGAUUUGCAUUUGAUUUUAUCUUGCUGACUUUGUUGUCAUAGAUCCCAUUCACUGUACCCUUUGGGGUAUUUUCAAUACUUGAAUGGCACAUUCGAGUUCUCAGAGUAUUUGUUUCAUCUGCCAGUGAUAUUUUCUCUUCUUAACUUUUCUUUUUCCUUGACUUGCUCCUUUUGAGUUUCAUUGAGAAGUUUUUCUCACCUAAAUUUAAGGCAGGUGUGAUAGAAAUUAUAUAUCUGUUUUUAUCAGCAAAGGGGCUAGAUAUGGUUGAAGUUUUUAUAGAAGUUAGGACCAGCUAUUGUUACAUGUACUAUUCCCAGUUCAGAACUUGAACUGAAAAGAGGGAAAAGUAUGUGAUUUUUACCUUUUUUAAACAAAUGUGAAAGAGUCCGUUUUAGAAAUCUCAUGGUAGUGAGUUGUUUGGCUUUUGUUACAUGUAUAGAGAAAGACUAAUAAUCUAUAUUUAUAACUAAAUCAUUGAAUCAGAAUAAGACUCCCAUUGACUAUUUGUUCCCACAGUUUUGUCUUCCUUUCUGCCUGUCUUCUCUUCAGACUUGGCUUCUGGAACCAAAGUGAUUUACUUCUUGGGCUUUAUGACUUUGGUUGGUGCCACUGCCUUCUCUUUCCUCCUCCUCCCUCCUUUCCUUCAUUUUGCAAAUAGGUUUCUGUAUAUGUUGUAAUUUUAGAUGUAGGUUGUUUGUUUCCUUAAAUUAACUCCACCCUGCCCCUGAGGCAAACAAUAAGAUAACCAUUGAAUUUGUAGAAUUUAAAAGUUUAACUUUUCCUUC